AUGGACAUCAACGAUUUGCUUCCUCAUUCUCGGGGCGCGAAAUUCCUGGACGUUCCGUACGAGGAACGGUGGGAAUGCCUAAGGCCUAUCAUCGUUCGACUGUACAUGGGCAAGUACGGACCCAAUGGGAAGUCGACGACCAUGGCUCAGGUGGUUGUGUUCAUGAGAGACAACUAUUUAUUCCAUGCCUCCCCCUAUUGCGAGUGCGGGAGAGGCAGGGAGACAGUGGAGCACUUGGUGGUUUGGUGCCCCGACCCGCCGUUACAAAGGCCGUGGGACGGCAGAGAGAUUCGGUCACAUCGGGACCUACAAGCCGUAUUACGGGGAGCUUAUCGUAUUUUGCUGCGUAGUGAGAACCAGUAUCGACAUCGGUUCAGUAAAUGUCACGGUUAUUAUGGUCGCGUACCACGCCCCGAUGAGGGCACGCGCGGGAAGCGUUCCCAGCCAAUCAUUAAGAAUGGGUCUCAGACCAAUCAGCAGAGGAACGAAGGGAACGGCUACCGUUCCCAGGAUCCAGUCUGGAACGAGAGGAACGAUCACCGUUCCUCACGUUCCCAGCAAAAGGGUCCUGAAGUAGGCACGGGCCCCACUGAGGCUCACACUUUAACGCCUACUCGGUUCUCGUCGUGGAACCUUCCCUAUGCGGCAUAUUCUAAGGCCCUGGGCAAGAAAAAUGACCAACCUUCUCCAUUCGGAGAGACAGGUUCCACCCCAAGCUACCUAAACAUUGAGAGCCUAGAGGCCGCCACCCCAGGACGCGAAGCAGCUGGCCCGUCGCCGACUAUGCAGCUCGUCCGCCAGAAGGUCGCCCUGGACCGGUCAAGUCUCUUCUUGCAGGGACGCCACUUGGAGCUUCUUGCGAGCUGCGGAAAAGAGGACCGCACCACGCUGGCCAAUUAUCUUCACGACUUCUACAUUCAUUCCUUUGUUGUCGCAAAGUACUGGGGCCGAGGUCCUCGGAUGGGAGAUUGGACUGCAGGCUUGGUAUCCGUCUUCACUCUUGGCUCUGUUGAUAUUUCCAGUUCAGCGAGCUUCGCAUCUGCUAUAUCGCCAGCUGCGGCCCCGGACAAGCUGGACAGGCUCGACGACCCCACACAACUCUGCCGGUGGUCCAUUCACGUCCGUUCCAUGCGCUACAACGCGAUUCCAGAAGAACCCGUGAGUGCGCAGGAUGGGUUCGACAUACAGGACCCUCGCUCAUGGGUAGAGUGGCCACUUGACGAGGAAGCACGCUCCGUCUCGUUCGUAGAGUCGAUGGGCCAGUCCAUCACCAACAGCACGUUUUCCCUUAUGGCACCCAACAAUUUGCCAAUUUCAACCGAGUCGUUAUCACAGUCCGUGCAACAGAAUCCGGAGCUACUACGGGUGGAUGCUUGGAAGGUUGCGAUAAUGGCUGGUAACGUCGAUUUGCUGUGGCGUUUGUACAACAAAACAGAGGGACCCCCGGGUGGAAUCAAUGAGAUCUAUCCCUUCCACCUGGCAGCCUCCUUUCUGGACGGUGGAAACAAGUGCUGCGGCAUGAUUAGUUCGCUUUCUUCUCUCCUCGGUUCUGAUUACCUCUUUUUCAACGAUCGCGACGACUUAGACCACACGGUGCUGGACAGUUUCAUGAUCACCAUCCUCCGUUCGCACACGAGUGUCGGCCCCGAGCAUGUCAGUGCGCGAUUCAACCCACCCCACCGCUUUCCGGGAGAAGAAAAGGACAUUUGUGGCAGAUGGGAUGCCGACUCUCCGGCUGUCCGCGCUCUUUUCAGGCACGGAUAUGCACGCGUUCCAACCAAGUGGAAGCAUGCGUUCUGCCACACUGCUGCGCAGGCCAUCUGCCACAGCGUAAUCGCCAUCUGGGGCUCACCCGCCUCCCCACCCAUCGACGCGCUGAGCGGACUGUUCGUUCGACGUUGUAACAACUGCGGGUUAGAGCUCAAGCUCGGGCCCCUUCACACACUCGUUGUCGUGACGUUUUAUCUUGCGCAUCUGGGAAUGCCUGGGGAGACAAUGUUUGGUGCGCUGACAGCCAUGGUCUGUCUGUUGAGCCUCGGCGCCCACGCUUCGUUAGAAACAGUCAUAUCGGUCGAGGACAUUCUCGGGCGGGCGGAGCCAGGGAGAUGCUGCCACAAACUCAUGGAUGCUUACGAUCUCAUGUGCGCGGUGCCGCAUGACCUCGUAGCCCACUGGAGUACGGACUGCCAGACAGGAUGGAUGUGCAUCUUGCAAGUCCUCCUCCUGGCUAGACAGGACGGAGAUGGUGACUUGCAACAGGAUGCUGACUCGGGCCAGGAGUCUGAUGGUGACGAAUUCGAGAGAAGUUCAAACGCUGAUUUAGAGGACAACUUUCACGGCGCUCCACAAACUCGUCGCUGUUGGCUUGGGUCGGAAGGCUUAUCGGCGCAUGCCGAAUGGCUUAAACUGCCCUGCGGAAAUCCGAAACUCGGCCUCCUUUGGGCAACUAUCCAGGUGGAACUUCUCACCUACCGCAGAAUCGAUACUGCAGACUCUUGGCUCUCUACCAGGUUUUCAAUGAGCGCCCUCAAGACCUGGUUGGAAGGGGCGUCUUUUGGAUUCCACAUUCCCUUGGUGGAAGGGCGGAUGGUGCGAAAACACUCGCCUUGCGGAUGGUUUCACUGCCAUGAUUUCGUCUGCCCCGUUGCCGAGGAGGUGUGCAAAGAACACUUCAUGAACAUGGACGUUUACGACAGGGCUCCCUUUCUCGAACGACCGAAUUUGAUCGAGAGGUGGAUAAAUUGA